GUUCUGGUCUGGUCUUGAAUCAUCCUAUUCUGUCCUGUUGUUAUCCCGAGUCGCGUCACAUUCCAUCCACAUCCCCCCCCCCCUCCGCCAUGGACCAUUCCAGUGCCCCCAACAACGCCGCCCUUUACGAUGCGCGCCGUCGUCGCGGCUCCGUCGGCACCACCCAGCUCUUCGAUAACAUUGUCUCCGCUUCGAACUUCGAUCGCGAUGAGGUCGAUAGACUGCGCAAGCGCUUCAUGAAGCUUGAUAAGGACAGCUCCGGCACAAUCGACCGCGAUGAGUUUCUCUCCCUCCCUCAGGUGUCAUCCAACCCGCUUGCUACGAGAAUGAUCGCCAUCUUCGACGAAGACGGCGGCGGCGACGUCGACUUCCAGGAAUUCGUGUCUGGUCUCUCGGCCUUCAGCUCGAAAGGCAACAAGGAAGAAAAGCUGCGCUUCGCAUUCAAGGUCUACGACAUCGACCGCGACGGAUACAUCUCCAACGGCGAGCUGUUCAUCGUGCUGAAGAUGAUGGUCGGGAAUAAUCUCAAGGACGUCCAGUUGCAGCAGAUUGUCGAUAAGACCAUCAUGGAGGCCGAUAAGGAUGGCGAUGGCAAGAUUAGCUUCGAGGAGUUUACGGAUAUGGUUGAGAAUACGGAUGUUAGUUUGAGUAUGACGUUGAACCAGAUCUGAGUUGGUGGAUUGGGUGGGAUUGUGGUUGGGGAUUGAUGGGCGGAUGGAUGGCUGGAUGCAGCUACCUACAGGAUGCAAUGCGCUGCGGGCACGUGUGCAUGUAUGCGCGGACGGGAUGGAUGUACAGAGUGGACAGACCAGAUGGAUGGACGGGUGCUCUUGACAGAACAGACAAGAUGAAAGGCAUGGAUGGAUGGGCAGACGAAAGGAGGCAGAGAACAGAAUUCCUCAUCUUUCUGUUUCUGCGGGGAUUCUUUCUUUUCUUAUGAUUAUGAUAGCGAUGACAACUGUAGUUUAUUCUCUCUCUCCUUCAAGACUUACUUAC